GUUGCUGAUUCACAUGCAAGACUCGGCCUCAAGCAGGUCAGCUCAUUAUCAGAUUCAAAUACUGUGACAGUCGUACACAGUUUACCCUCAGAGACAAGUUUAGUGCCACAAUAUCAGCAAUACAUAGGACCUCUGCCUAGGAAUCCAGUGGAGUUAUUAGUCAUGGCACUGGUGGAGAUUAUGCGACUAUGGAGUGAAGGGGUUGCUGCGGCUGAAAAUGAGGAUUGGAAUGGUGCUCUGAAAUCAUUUACCUCCAUCACAGACCCUCGAUCCAAGAUCUGCUUCAACAUUGGCUGCUGCCACCUUGUCCUAGGUGACUUAGAGAAGGCAGAAAAGGCCUUUACAUUAACCAUAGAGAGAGACAUGCAUUUGGCUGUGGGAUAUUUUCAACGUGGCUUUGUCUUCUUCCAGAGGGGCAAGUACAGCUUAGCACUACAGGACUGGACUCGUGCCUAUACAGAAAUGCGUGGAAACCAGCUGAUUGACUACAAGAUUCUGGGACUGAUUUUUAAAUUGUACAGUUGUGAGAUCCUGCACAACAUUGCUCUAACACACGCUAAAGAAGGGAAAUGGGCAAAGGCUGAAGAGAGCAUCCUACUUGCCCUUAGCCAGAAGGUGGAACUGAGACACAAUACCAAGCUUGAAAAAGCCAUGGAGGACAUCUUAAAAGAGAAGGUUUUUGCAGCAGUAAAAAUUCCAAAAGGGAGGAUUUUCCAACCCAACGAGAGGCUGGUAGAACAACUGGAAAAAAAGGAUUAUUUGGGCAAAGCUUUGGUUGUGGCAUCUGUGGUUGAUAAAGAUAGCUUCUCAGGGUUUGCCCCUCUGCAACCCCAGGCAAGCAACCCUCCUCCUCGUCCAAAGACCCCUGAGAUUUUAAGGACAUUACAGGGGGAACCACACCGGGUCCUGUUUGAGUUUAACCCAGAGACAGCAGAGGAAAUGCAGGUCCUGCCUGGAAAUAUUGUUUUUGUGCUAAAGAAAGGGGACGAUAACUGGGCCACUGUUGUCUUCAAUGGAAAGAAAGGGAUUGUACCCUGUAAUUACCUGGAGCCAGUAGAACUGCGCUUUCAGUCUGCUCAGCAGACUGGUGUUCAAUCAGAGGAGCUAGACUCCCCAACUAAUAGACCCCAGCAGUCAGAUGUUCCAGCACCACCGGAUGCUACUCCUCCUCAACUACUGAAAAACACAAAAGAUAAACAAGAUUUCUCUGCAAGUUCCAAACAGAAGCUACAGGAAACAGAAGCAGUGGCUGUAGCAUCCUAUCUUGUUAAAGUUUACUAUAAAUACACAGUGGCAAUACAGAUCUCCAGCAAACUUCCAUUUGCAGAUCUUCUGACACUAAUAAGCAGUAAACUUCAGCUACUGCCCUCAAGGAUGAAACUUAGUUUCAAAGAAGAUCAAGAUGAUGUAUUAUUAAAUGAAGAAAACACAGAGAAAGCAUGGAGUCUAGCCACGGACAACUGCUUAAAACUUAAGUGUACAGAAGUCCAGGUUGAGGAACCCAUCAUCAAAGUAGAGGAGGUACAGGUGCAACAGGAAAUUCCAGCGAGUGACAAGGCAGAAACGUACGUCACAGCUCUGUUUGAAUAUGAAGCUACACAACCAGAAGAUCUGCCUUUUUGCAAAGGGGAUAUAAUCAAAAUAUUAUCUCAUGUGUCAGAGGACUGGUGGGAAGGAGAAUGCCAGGGGAGAAUGGGAAUCUUUCCCAAAGUCUUCACGGAGGAAAUCCAAUGAAACAUUAUAAUGCACGCUGAGGACUGGCGAGAAGAGAGUGAAUGGAUUAUUGAGCUUGUGUCCUAUUGCUCGAAUACAUUUUUUUUUUUUUUUUAAACUAUAGUAGAAACUGGAAUAGUGUUUGUUUUAUAGGUAUGCAACAAAUAUUGCUACAUGAUGUAUACCUACAUUAUAUAAACUUGUAGAAAUUCUGUUUAUUAAUUUCUGAAUAUAGUGGUGGAAAAGUGGUGGAAAAAUCUAAUCUGCAGCUUUACCCAUGUGGAAAUUUCAGCACUAGAACCUUGCUGGCGGAUGGCUAGAAAUAACCCCAAGACAGUUGGCUUAGUUUGCCAUCAUAAGCUGCAGUGGCACAGAACAUAAGGUGCAUAUUAGAUUUAAAAUGGAAAAGAAGAGAAAUGGCGAUAAGAAUCCAUUUGUACUACAUGUAGCUGUGAUGCAUUACAAUUUUUCUAGUCGGCCCUCCUGUCAGUGCAGACGUUAGGGUUUAAUCACCUUUCACCUCUGGAGGCAGGACAGAAGAAUAAGGCUCUUGACUCCUCCUUCCCAGUAUAUGUGCUGGCUCCGCCUCAACUACCCAGUUUCUUUUGUUAUGUGACUUGACAUCUAUGAUAUCGAAUCAUAUUCCUCCUCUAAAACGUGGCAUUGCGAAAGGUUAGUGUUACAUAGGGUAUGGGGACAUGGUUCCUGGAUCAGCACAAAUGACUCCAAUGGGUUUAAACUCCUUUUCUUUGUCUUACUUUAUUAAUAAAAGGUGAAUAGAGGUUAAAGAUUAUGGGUUGGGUUGAGUAUUUGGAAGUGGUUUUAUGCUUGAAAGAAGGGAUGUUAUUCUGAAACACUUAAUAAAGAUGAAAUUCCUUUAAA